UAGAAACAAGGGCAGUUUCCAUAAAUCUCUACAACUUGCACUUUCCCUUCUUUCUUUUUCUAUUAUUUGUUGCUCUUCUACGAGAGACAGAGAGAGAGAGAGAAAGAGAGAAAAAAAUGGCGAAGGGUUGCGAGCUGUGCGGGAAAGCGGCGAGGAUGUACUGUGAGUCAGACGAGGCGAGCUUAUGCUGGGACUGCGAUGAGAAAGUUCACGGUGCCAACUUUCUUGUGGCGAGGCACGAGAGGACCUUGCUUUGCCAAGUCUGUCGGUCUUUGACUCCAUGGAAAUCCUCUGGCCCUAAGCUCUGUCCUACAGUUUCUGUGUGUGAAGCCUGCGUUAACAACAACAACAACAACAGCAACGAAUGCCAGCGUGGCCAGGUCGCUGAGAGUCAAGAAAGUAUCAACGAUCAUGAUGAGGAUGACGAUGAUGAUGAUUCUGAAUCUGAUGAUGAGGAUGGAGAUUAUAGUUCUGAUGAGGAUGAGGAUGAGGAAUAUGAGGUGGAGGAGGAGGAAGAGGAGGGAGAGAAUCAGGUGGUUCCGUGGUCCUGUGCUUUAUCGCCGCCACAACCACCGCCGCCGCCGAGUUCCACGAGUAGCGAGGAGGAGGAGGAGAAAGAGGAGUUGUCGAGUACGGCUUUUUCGACAUUGAAGCGAGCGCGUGUGAAUGCAGAUCUCGAUUCUGAUGAUGAGAUCGGGUGCUCUACAUCUCUAAGGGCCACUGGAGCUUUAGCCAAUGAGGAAGCGAGCUCUUUGGGCUCAUUGAGGGCACGGAAGCAGCGAAAAAUAACCACCGAAGCGAACCAAUCAAAAAAAGGUCAAGAAGAGCCAAGAUCGACGGCGAUCAUAAACUCGCUCAAGAGACUCCAAAACGACAUUGCCAUUGACGGUCAAGAUGCCGCCGCUACUGUCCUCAAGCUGAGCAGAGAUCAGAGCCGUUAAUUUUGGAAUUUUAUUUUAUUUUUGUUUACUAACUCUUUUUUUCAUUUUUUUUUUUUACCACAAGUUUUAAGGGUUUUUUUUUUUUUUUAAUCUAUAUUAUAUGGUAUGAAUUAAUUUUUCUGCGGCUCCAAAUUUGUACUGGCUUGUAUAUAAAUUAGUGCGGAUUUUUCACCUAAUAUUCCUUUUUAAAGUU